AUGACCGUGGUUCGUUACGGUAAUACAAUUCACACCGGCCUUUUGGGUCGCGGUGCGUUCUUUGGUAGGAGUUCUCGCACUACCACACAACGAUGGUUUUGGGUGAUUUGUGUGAUAGUUCUACCGAUCGUGGCGAGUACACGUGAUGCUACCGCCGGGUACGAAAGUGUGUUUGCGAUCGACGAAGAGGACGGCAUGUUGGAGACGUCUGAACUGAUUCACAAAUAUGGAUACCCGAUCGAACGGCACGAAGUCAUCACCGCCGACGGAUACGUGCUGGCGCUAACGAGAAUUCCUUCAAAGGAUAAACCAACCAAUCAUUCGCUUCCGACGCUGCUGGUACAUGGCUUGUUUGCAAGUUCCGCCGAUUUUCUUAUCAUCGGACCCAAAAAUAGUCUUGCCUAUCUGUUGGCCGAUCAGGGUCACGAUGUAUGGUUGGUGGAUAUGCGCGGCAAUCGAUACUCCCGUCGGCACACCAAGCUGCCCUCUGACUCACGAGCGUACUGGGACUUCACCUGGCACGAGAUGGGCUACUACGAUCUACCGGCCACGAUCGAUCACAUCCUGCACGAGACCGGUACAAGGCGUCUCCAUUACAUCGGCGUUUCGCAGGGAACGACCGUGUUCUUCGUGAUGGCUUCCAGUCGACCAGAGUACAACGAGAAAAUCGUUCGCAUGCACGCUCUUUCACCGGCUGUUUAUGUGGAACACGUCCGAAGUCCCAUAUUGCGGUGGUUGGCAGAAAACAGUCUCGCCGUCAAGUGUUUCCUAGACACAAUGGGGCUGUGGCAGGUGUUGCCCCAUAAUGAGGCACAGUACGCACUGCAAAGAACUCUCUGUCCGGCACGCAUUGCGCGGAGUGUUUGUGUCCGAGUGAUGGAACAACUAGUUGGCCCCAAUCCCAAUGGGACGGAUCGGCUGGCACAGCAUGUGAUUGCCGGACACAACCCUUCCGGAACAUCGAGCAAACAGUUGUUACACUUCGCUCAAUUGAACCACGCGGGUCGCUUUCAGCAGUUUGACUACGGCGGAAAGGAGCAGAAUCUCGCCGUCUAUGGACGUGAAGAUCCACCGAGCUACAAUUUGUCUGCCGUCACAGCACCGGUGGUGUUAUUUUACGGUUUAAACGAUUGGGUAGUAGAUCCGGCUAAUGUUGUGAGACUAGCAGCUGAGCUGCCCAAUCUGAGUUCCAUGACCACGGUAGAGGACAAGAACUUUAAUCAUCUGGAUUUUGUGACGGCAAAACGCGUACGUGCGCUUGUGUAUGAUAGGAUAUUGCAAGAACUAGGCGAGUUGAGCCAAGAAGUUAAUCGAGUGUCAUAUUAUAGUGGUCAAAACAAAACUGCGUAUGCCAAGAUCUAG